AGAAACUUCUACAGACUCAUCAACUAUAUAUACCCUUCUCACUUUUCUCCUACACAUUCAAUCAAUCUCUUCUCAGCGUUCUUGAAAAAACUUGCUUAGUCCCCUGUUUUUUUCAUUGCUUUGUUUAGUGAUAUAUUUGUGUUUUGAGGUUAUAGUAUGGCUGGAAAAGGUGAAGGACCGGCAAUUGGAAUUGAUCUUGGCACGACGUAUUCUUGUGUUGGUGUAUGGCAACAUGAUAGAGUUGAGAUUAUAGCAAAUGAUCAAGGGAAUAGAACUACUCCUUCUUAUGUUGCGUUUACUGAUACGGAAAGACUUAUUGGUGAUGCUGCUAAGAAUCAAGUUGCUAUGAAUCCUAUCAACACUGUUUUUGAUGCGAAGCGGUUAAUUGGUAGGAGAUUUAGUGACCCCUCAGUGCAAAGUGACAUGAAACACUGGCCUUUCAAGGUUAUUCCCGGUCCUGCUGACAAGCCGAUGAUUGUUGUCAAUUACAAAGGUGAAGAGAAGCAAUUUUCUGCAGAAGAAAUCUCCUCUAUGGUCCUUGUUAAGAUGAAGGAGAUUGCAGAAGCCUUUCUUGGUACAACAAUAAAGAAUGCUGUAGUUACUGUGCCUGCUUACUUCAACGACUCUCAACGACAGGCUACUAAAGAUGCUGGUACUAUUUCUGGCCUCAACGUUUUGCGUAUUAUCAACGAGCCUACUGCUGCUGCAAUUGCAUAUGGACUUGAUAAGAAAGCAAGCAGUACAGGGGAGAAAAAUGUGCUUAUUUUUGACUUAGGUGGUGGUACAUUUGAUGUGUCUCUUCUUACCAUUGAAGAGGGUAUUUUUGAAGUGAAGGCUACUGCUGGUGAUACACAUCUUGGUGGAGAAGAUUUUGAUAACAGGAUGGUUAAUCACUUUGUUCAAGAAUUCAAGAGGAAGAACAAAAAGGAUAUUAGUGGGAAUCCUAGAGCUCUUAGGAGACUGAGAACUGCUUGCGAAAGGGCGAAGAGAACACUCUCGUCCACUGCUCAGACAACUAUUGAGAUUGACUCUCUUUAUGAGGGUAUCGAUUUCUAUACAACGAUUACUCGUGCUCGGUUUGAGGAGCUUAACAUGGAUCUUUUCAGAAAGUGUAUGGAGCCUGUUGAGAAGUGUUUGAGGGAUGCUAAACUGGACAAAAGCGGUGUUCAUGAUAUCGUCCUUGUUGGUGGCUCUACUAGGAUUCCAAAGGUGCAACAGUUGUUGCAGGACUUCUUUAAUGGAAAGGAACUUUGCAAGAGCAUUAACCCGGAUGAGGCUGUUGCCUAUGGUGCUGCUGUGCAAGCUGCAAUCUUGAGUGGUGAAGGGAAUGAAAAAGUUCAAGACCUUUUGCUGUUGGAUGUUACCCCACUCUCCCUUGGUCUGGAAACUGCUGGAGGUGUUAUGACAACUUUAAUUCCGAGGAACACCACGAUUCCAACCAAGAAAGAACAGGUGUUCUCCACCUACUCUGAUAAUCAGCCUGGAGUCUUGAUUCAAGUUUAUGAAGGGGAAAGAACCAGGACCAGAGACAAUAACUUGCUUGGUAAAUUCGAGCUCACUGGCAUUCCUCCAGCACCAAGAGGGGUUCCUCAAAUCACUGUAUGCUUCGACAUUGAUGCAAAUGGUAUUCUGAAUGUCUCUGCUGAAGACAAAACAACUGGCCAGAAGAACAAGAUUACCAUCACCAAUGACAAAGGAAGAUUGUCUAAGGAAGACAUUGAGAAAAUGGUUCAGGAAGCUGAGAAGUACAAAGCUGAAGAUGAAGAGCACAAGAAGAAAGUGGAAUCCAAGAAUGCCUUGGAGAACUAUGCAUACAACAUGAGGAACACCAUCAAAGAUGAGAAGAUCGCUUUGAAGCUUUCUCCUGAUGACAAGAAGAAGAUCGAGGAUUCGAUUGAGCAGGCGAUUCAGUGGCUGGAUGGGAAUCAGUUAGCCGAGGCUGAUGAAUUCGAGGACAAAAUGAAGGAGCUUGAGGGCAUUUGCAACCCCAUCAUUGCAAAGAUGUAUCAAGGGGGUGCUGGUGGUCCUGACGUGGCUGGUGGUAUGGAUGAGGAUGGUCCUUCCGGCGGUGCUACCGGUGCAGGUCCCAAGAUUGAAGAAGUCGAUUAAGUCCAUUACCCUGAUGAAAUCUAGUUCUAGUAGUUACAUAUAAUAGUAGAAGUCUUCAGUCGGUUGUAUGCUUGUUAUGUUAUCCUUGAGAUUUACUCUUUUGUCUAGCUCUUUUCGUGACUCUGUUUAAGUAUCCCGUACAUCUGCCUUUGCCAGUGCAGGAUUGGUGGAUGUGUUUGUUUUGUAUGAAAAACUCUCAAAUAUUAAAAUCUUAUUGCAUUUUUGGUUUCA